CAGUUCCUCAGUUCAAGGAAACAGAAACUGAAGUAUUGUUGAGCUGUUGUGUGUUUGUGUCUCUCUGUAUUCAUGCAGUAAAAUGGCAGAAGCCAGAUUUUCUCAGGAUGAGUUCACAUGUCCAGUGUGUCUGGAUCUCCUGAAGGAUCCAGUGGCCAUUCCCUGCGGACACAGUUACUGUAAGAUCUGUAUUACAGGCUGCUGGGAUCAGGAAGAUGAGAAAAGAGUCUACAGCUGCCCUCAGUGCAGACAGACCUUCAGUUCAAGACCUGCUUUAGGUAAAAACACCAUUCUGGCUGAACUGGUGGAGAAACUGAAGAAGACUAAGCUUCCUGCUGACUGUUACGCUGGAGCUGGAGACGUGCAGUGUGACGUUUGUACUGGAAGAAAAUACAAAGCCGUCAAGUCCUGUCUGGUGUGUCAGGAAUCUUACUGUCAAACUCAUUUUGACCGUCAUGAGGAAUUUCCCUCUCGUAAGCCACACAAAGUGAUUGAUGCCACUGGACGACUGCAGGACAUGAUCUGCCGUAAACAUGAUAAAGAGCUAGAAAUGUACUGUAUCACUGAUCAACAAUGCAUCUGUGUGUGGUGUAAGAAGUAUGAACAUAAAAACCACAACACUGUAUCAACUGCAGCACAGAGGACAGAGAAACAGAAACAGCUGAAGGAGAUGCAGAUAAAGAUCCAUCAGAGAAUCCAUCAGAGACAGAAAGAUCUUCAGCAGCUGAGAGAGGCUGUGGAGUCUCAUAAGCGCUCUGCACAGACAGCAGUGGAGGACAGUGAGAGGAUCUUUACUGAGCUCAUCCGCUCCAUUGAGAGAAGCCGCUCUGAGGUCACACAGCUGAUCAGAGAUCAGGAAAAGGCUGCAGUGAGUCGAGCUGAAGGACGACUGGAGCGACUGGAGCAGGAGAUCAAUGAUCUGAGGAGGAGAGACGCUGAGCUGGAGCAGAUUUCACACACACACCAUCACAUCCAUUUCCUGCAGAGUUUCCAGUCUCUCUCAGCACCUCCUGAAUCUACAGACGAACCCGACGAUCCCUUGAGUUCUCUCUUCUCUUUUGAUGGCAUGAGAGAAUCUGUCUGUCAGCUGAGAGACAAACUGGAGGAUUUCUGCAAAGAGGAGAUCAAGAAGAUCUCUGACAGAGUCACAUUCGCCAACAUGAAUCCCAAGACCAGGAACGACUUCCUACAGUAUUCCCAUCAGCUCACUCUGGAUCUGAACACAGUGAAUAAACACCUCUGUCUGUCUGACAGGAACAGAGUGAUUACUCGCACUGACAAAGAGCAGCCGUAUCUUGAUCAUCCAGACAGAUUUGAUUAUUGGCUGCAGGUGUUGUGUAGAGAGAGUGUGUGGGGACGCUGUUACUGGGAGAUUGAGUGGAGUGGGAAUGAAGUGUUUAUAUCAGUGUCAUAUAAGAGCAUCAGCAGGAAGGGACGGGGUUAUGAGUCUGGAUUUGGAUAUAAUGAUCAGUCCUGGAGUUUGUACUGCUCUUCCUCCAGAUUCUCAUUCAUACACAAUAAGAUAGUGACUGUUCUCCCUGUAAAGUCCAUCAGCAGUAGAAUAGGAGUGUAUGUGGAUCACAGUGCAGGAACUCUGUCCUUCUACAGCAUCUCUGACACAGUGAGCCUCAUCCACACAGUCCAGACCACAUUUACUCAGACCCUCUAUCCUGGGUUUUGGGUUUGGUCUGGAUCAGUGAAACUGUGUUGAUGUUUCAUAAUAGACUGUAAAGAGAUUUUACCCAUAAAUACUUUGAGUUGCAUGAUAAAUCAGUAACAGUGAGUCUCUUAUUUCCUCUUCAUUAAAUUAAUACUACAGAUAAACUUCACUGAAAUAACAGAAUAAAUGUGUGUAUUAAAUCCUCAUAGAGACAGUAAGCACAGUGUGUGUGUGUUCAUUUAUUUAGUUUUUAUUGUAGUGACACAUAAAUAAAUACAUCAUUUUUUAUAAUUAGGGGAGAGCAGGACACAACCUAACGCUUUUUGACUUUCUCAGUUUGUGUAAAUGUACUUAGGGUUCAGAGAAUUUCUUUUGUUCCACAUUAAUUUCACACAUGUCUGGUACAAAUAUGUGGCUUUGUUUCAUUAAUACAGUGUAUACUUUUUUUCUUUAUUUACCCCAAAAGAAGGGAAGUGAAAUGUGACAACAUGCCCCAUAGGUGGGGUGCAUUGUAACGUGAUGGGGCACGUUGUAACAUGACCAUAUGACAACUAAAAAUGUUAUCUGAUUUAAUUAAAAAAAACAUACAUGACAAACUAAAAUAUUUUGUCAAUAAAAGACAAUUAUUUUUUCAUAUAAAAUAAUGGUAUUUUUUUAGAAAAUCAAAUAAUUAAUAAUUAUAAAUAAUUUUGUGGUUGUGAUAGAUGUGACCAGUAAAGAGGAAAAGAUCACGGAGGCAGCAGACUACUGCAGAAGCUUAGGGGUUUAUUUCCACAGAAUAUGGUUACAAAAAUAUAAAUGUUAACCCAACUGAGGUAAACCAAUAUAUAUAUAUAUAUAUAUAAAAACAAACAAACAAACAAA